CCUCGACGCAACAAGAUGGCCGGCGCAGCACACGCACGCCCCGCAGGAGGCUUCCACCCUCACCUCCCCGGCCUCGGGUACCGCCUCGGCGCAAAGAUGCUCGGCGCCAGCAUGUGGUUCUUCAUCUUCUACCGCGCACGGCAAGACGGCGCCGUCCUCCUCGGCAUGAAGCACCCGUGGGACCACUAGCCUGCGUGCGCGCUCGCUGGACCGGGUGUCGGACGUCGCAAUGGACUCGUCGUGUUUCUCUCUC